CCCCACCGUUACUAGCAGCCAAUAUUCUUCAGGUCGUUGCCUUCUGCAAGGACUACUACUGCUGGCGGUCCAACAUAACACCCUCACCUCUCUCUCUCUCUCUCUUCCAUUUCACGCCUCCGCUUCCUUAAUCAGUCCCAUAGUAUCUUCGAUCACUCCGUGUCUUCUUCUUCUUCAUCAUCAUCAUCAUCAUCAAUCAGUCUGGUAAGAAAUGGAGCGUUAUGAGAUACUGAGGGAUAUCGGGUCGGGCAACUUCGGAGUGGCCAAAUUGGUGAAGGACAAGUGGACUGGUGAGCUCUACGCUGUCAAGUACAUCGAGAGAGGUCAAAAGAUUGAUCAGCACGUGCAGAGGGAGAUUAUGAACCAUCGCUCUUUGAAGCAUCCAAACAUCAUAAGGUUUAAGGAGGCUCUUUAUCUGCAGGUUCUGCUCACACCGACCCAUCUUGCCAUCGUCAUGGAAUAUGCAGCUGGAGGCGAGCUCUUCGAACGGAUCUGUAAUGCCGGUAGAUUCGGCGAAGACGAGGCAAGAUUUUUCUAUCAACAACUUAUAUCGGGAGUCAGUUACUGCCACUCGAUGCAAAUUUGCCAUAGGGAUCUUAAGCUCGAGAACACACUUUUAGAUGGAAGCACAGCACCGAGGCUCAAGAUAUGCGAUUUCGGCUACUCCAAGUCCUCUGUGUUGCAUUCACAACCCAAAUCUACAGUUGGAACGCCUGCAUACAUUGCACCGGAGGUCCUGUCGACAAAGGAGUAUGAUGGGAAGAUUGCUGAUGUUUGGUCUUGUGGGGUCACCCUCUACGUGAUGCUUGUGGGAGCUUACCCGUUCGAAGACCCAGAAGAUCCAAGAAACUUCAGAAAGACAAUUCAGCGAAUCCUGAGCGUCCACUAUUCCAUUCCUGAUUAUGUCCGAGUUUCAAUCGAAUGUAAGCAUCUCCUGUCUCGAAUAUUCGUGGCUAAUCCUGAGAAGAGAAUAACGAUCCCCGAAAUCAAGCAGCAUCCGUGGUUCCUGAAGAACUUGCCAAUAGAAUUCACGGACGAUGGGAUUGUGAUGUUACAGAAUGACAGCCUUGGUGAAUCUACGCAAAGCAUGGAAGAGAUUUUAUCUGUAGUUCAAGAGGCAAGGAAGCCCGGGGAUGUUCCAAGAGCUGGUGGCGGUUUAUUGCUUGGAGGCAGCAUGGAUCUCGAUGACAUCGAGGCAGACGCCGACAUAGACGAUAUAGAGAUGAGCGGAGAUUUUGUGUGCGCCCUAUGACUUUGGACUCAAGGACUUGGAGCGAAAUCUUAAGGACGAAAGACACUUUAAAUUUAAAAAAAAAAAAAAAGAAAAAAAAGAGGGGAUGUAGGUGCGGAUAAGGUUUGUUUUUUAUGGAGGGGAUCAGAUGGUCUACGCUGUCUAUGCCCGUUUCUCAAUUGGAAGCUUCUCCUUCUGGCCUUGCUUGAGUUUUAUGAGAUAAUAUCCUGAUGUACAUGUCUGUAUUUAUAAAUAUGUAACUGUGACUCUGCACAUAGUCAUAGAUCAAAAGAAUGUGCAACUUCAGUUGCCUUUUCCCGGAAGAGCCGAGAAGUUUGUUUGUGUAAUAUUUAUCGAUAAGCCCCUGGGUGAUUUGAGAA